AUGACUAGUGCUACGCCACCAGACGCCACCAACGCGAAUAAGAUUGGUGAAGGUGUCCACGGGCUUGGUCACCAGCUUUUCCUCCCAGAUAUUCGCAUCAUAGGAGAAUCUCAAGUUCAGAUGAUGCUCGUGCUUCUGGAAACCUACGUCUACCGAGUAGACUCUGUUCUGAAAAUGUUCAUGGAGGAGAAGGACAAGAUCAUAAACAGAUUUCGUCUGGCAACCGAAGUGAUGCUCUCUCGAGCAAAGUUGCUCACCACUUCAGACAUUACCGUGCUCCAGGCCUUCGUAAUAUAUCUUGCUGGACGCCGCACUUGUACUGGCUACAAGAAGAUCUGGACUCUGAUUGCAAGCGCUGUUCGCAUUGGGCAGUCCCUUGGGUUGGACAACGAUGAAGGCCGCUUCCGGACUCCCUUUCAGCUGGAGAUUCGCCGGAGGGUGUGGUAUUCAAUCGGUCUACUUGACAUGCAAGCAGCAUUCGAUGGGGGAUCGCACUCCGUGAUCGCUCAUAACGGCUUGCUGGGUCGUCCACCCCUCAAUAUGGACGAUUCAGCCAUGUCUUCAGCUUUCAGUCGAUCAGUCUUUGUUGAGCAACCAGGUCUCACAGACAUGUCCUUCAGCUGUAUGACGCAUGAGGGACUGAUUUGCUGGAGAAGGCUAACCCACGUUCCCACGAAUUCCGAAGGCCAACCCGUGAAGAUAAGGCAAGACUGGACCAACAGAUCCAAGAUAGUCAUAGAUUGGGAACAGCGCAUGAACGAAAGAUAUCUGAAACAUUGCGAUACGACGCAGCCCUUUCAACGGUUCAUGAAAAUCGUUGGCCAAGACAUGAUUGUAUCCAUGAGACUUCUCGAGCGCCGUCCGAUGCAUCGCCUAUUCAGAGCCGGCCCUCCUCCAGCCGACGACUUUAACGUUUUGGAAGUGGCCACUGACGUUGUCGAGGCCUCGAUCCUGAAAUUCACUGACCCGAGCCUCGCACCUUGGAGUUGGUUUGCUUGGGUCAAGUGGUACAUUUUGGCUGUCGUCCUCGCCGAACUUUGUGGAAAUGGCAAUGGGGCACUGAUAGACAGAGCUUGGAGGGUCGCUGAAGAGGCUUUCGCAAAAUUUUCUGAUCUGGUCAUUGAUGAUGUUCUUUGGAGAUCGGUUGAAAGACUUAUUGCGAAAGGCACGAUCUACGAGGGACCGCUCUCGAGUGUCAUCGCCACCCGUUUCUGCACCUUUUUAUUCAGGACCAACAUCUUCGCCCGGGAAACCGAGAUCAAGCAGAUUCAAUAA